AUGGGAAGAUUUGCUCGCGUUUGUGUCGAAGUUUAUCUUACUAAGCCCCUCCUCUCGCUGUUUAAGAUAGAAGGGUUGACUACUAUAUUGAGUUUGAAGGGCUGCAUCAAAUCUGCACUGAAUGUGGGCGGUACGGACAUACAGUUAAGACGUGCCCUUCCCUUUUCAAGCAACCAGAGAAGGAGAAAAUAG